AUACAUUUUCACCUUUCUCUUUUUCUUUAUCAACCUCCUUUGCACAUUCAUAAAUUCAUUCAUACGUUAUUCUCAUACAUACACUGCAACACGCGAGCUUUUCAUCACUAUCAAUAAUUUUGUUUAGUAAUAUUCAUCACUUUCUACCCUCUUCCCUUUCGACAAACAUUAUAAUUUGCAUCUCUACCAACAGUCAUGAAAAGCAGCAACCCCUGUGAACGAUGCGGAACGAAACGAUUCAAAAAGAAGUCGGACGGCACGAUGGUGUGCAAGAAUGGUCACGUACUACUUGGUUGGACUGAAGAGACACAAGACGAAGGAAUCAUAUACAUGGGCAAACGACGGAAACAAAAGAAGGUCCAUUCAAAUGUAGAAGAAGAUAAAGGCCGUUUCAUCGGUGCUGACAGGGACAGUGUCAUUUUACAAAUCUGUCAAAAGGGACUGAGCAUACUUGUCGAACACUGUGUACGCGAAUUCGGUUUUCCAGACGACAUUCAGAGGAUUGCACAAAAUUUAUGGGAGCUGUAUGUCGUAUCCACUGAAAAAUCAGUUACGUUUGAUAUAUUCGCCGAAAACGAGGAAGAGCUAGGCGAUGUUGACGCCAACGAGGCAAAAUUACCUGCUGCAACCAUAACUGUCGAAGACGAACUUGGAGUAGAUUUGGGUGUAAUGCACGACAAUGUCGACAGUAAUGACGAUAAUAACGACGAGGAAAAAUAUAUGCACGCAUGGCCGCAGCUACGUUAUUCAAAUGUCAUCCUAUUCAUUUUCCUGACAUUCAAAUACGCACGUCUUCCUGUCUUACUCUCAGAUGUCCACCGAUGGUGCACAACAUCCCAGCUGCCGUAUAUGGAGACACUGCAUAGUAUACCUGAAAGAAUCGUACGCCAUCUCGACAAGGCAUUCAUAUACACGUUCAAGCAUAUCCCGAGUAUCCACAUUUUAUAUGCUUCCUUAGUUCGAUUCCGUAUAUGCUAUAAACAAUAUUGCGGCUUGGUCUUUUCCGAUGCCAAUAUACCGGUCAUCAUGCAUCGCCUCUAUCCGCACUUUGGUUUACCAGGAGCCAUGCUGUAGCGAUCAUCGAGAAAAUACAGGAUGGCAUCCUGAACCAUGCUUCCUGUUUGGGAGACCAUGAAAGACAUGAUGAUAUCCAGGCGGUUUUGACCAUUGUCAUUCUUCUCAAGUUUCUCUAUUAUUU